UCUGUUUACACGAGAAUAGCGCUCUGUGGAGGGCGCGUGCGCUGGCGAUGAGGGCAAGACAGUCGGAAGACAAGUGUACGGACAGGCGCUCUCUUUGUUCAAUUGAGCGCCUAUGCGUUUGUGGCCCGCGGAAAUGGCGGCGCGGGUUGCCGGCACGCGCCUCGGACCCUUAAGCGCUGGAUGCAGGUCCAGCAGAUCUGUGGGUCGCACAAUGGUAGGGGAUGCAUCAUGGACGACAUGUGGAAUUGUAUACGGUCGCGCACGUUUUUUCCGUUGCCAGGAAGCGAAUCGCGAGACAGCGAAGAUACCUCUGUCAGGGAUCCACGGAUGUCUGACCGGGGGCGAGUGGAUCCCUUCAUCACUCGCUGCGAAGGCACUGGAUUUCAAGACGAGCGCAUCGUGGGCAGCCAAUUCAAGUCAACACCGGGUCUUCGCCUACGUAUACAUUCAAAGCAUCAAUUUGCUUGCAUUGUCCAAGAUCGGCUCUCAAUCCCCGCGCAUCCACAAUCCCUCCAUCGUCAAUCCGCCGUACCUCCUGCCACCAGCACAACCCGACACUCCACCAUACGGCCAUCGAUUCGCGAGCCCAGGCGUCGGUUCUGAGCAUCUAGCCUUACGCUACCGUCAGCGAGUCAUCGUGCGCGUAACUGGGCACGACGUACCUCAGCUGGCUUUUGUGGUUUCCCAGGUCCACCUUGGGAGGGGCGUCGACGUCUCCAGGGGCUCCCAAUCAUCAGGAGAGGGCAGGAGCGUAUCCAAGAAUACUGGGCCCAUGGAUAUGAACGUCGCCUGGGGCGACCAGCACGGCCCUUCAUCCUGGGCUUGCGGGACAUUUCUGGGUGACAGGGCCGACACGUACCCCGCUUGUGCAUGGUGGUGGCCACCAGUGAUCGUCUUGUCCUGUGCCCAACGGAUCAAUUCUUAUCACCAAUGUCGGCAUUAGAAGUACUGACUAGCGUCGAGGGCUGGUGCCCUGGCUUGAAUGAACUCCCCGUCAACACGGCUGCCCGCGCCGAUAGCCUAGGGGGCCACGUCGUAUACUAUAUCUCAGACUCCAAUACAUAUCAAGGCGAACCUGCCCUUCGUGCAACUCCCAGUCUUGUCCCAGGAUCGCGGCGAAAUCGGUGUCUGCCUCUCUCUCGGGCGUCGGCGCAGCUAUGGGGAUCGCAGCCCUUCGAUGUUGGAUGGCAGGCUUGCGGUACUUGACGACCGCCGCGUACUAGGUACGUCGUCGCGAUUCAACAAUCGCCUCUCCCAGAAGCCAAAGGGUAGACACUCACGCUCGGUUUGCUUGUCUGCAUGAUG